CGCGGUAGGCUGCCCAUUUCUCCCUUCCUUUUCUUCUUCCUCUUUUCCACAUUAUAACGCAGAUCCGAUGUAAAAAGCAAGGAUUUUUUCUUAUUCGAUUCAACUUUUUAUCAUCUAUUGAUUGCUUCAAGGAGUACCUUUUCUUGUUUUUAUAUCCUGUCAGCCUUGUUAGAUUGCGCCGCCUUUCCCCAGUGCGAUUUGAGCUUAUCUUUGUGGAAUCUUUGAGGUGUGGCAUCGGAAUCGUUGAGAAAUAUUGAGUUGGGUUGGUGUAUCUGUUGCAAAGAUUCGACCUUUGAAGUGUUUCCUGCGGAGUUUGGCGGUUUUAAAUAGAAAAAGACUCGUUUUCUCGCUUUUGUUUCUUUGUUGGGAAUGUGUUAUGAGAAGGAUUGUGUGUAGCUGGGGAGAUGAAGAUUCAAGAAAGGAAAUGGGUGUUUUGGUUUGUGGCUUUUGCUGUGCUUUCAGCUGUGGUUGUAGCUCAAAGCAGGAUGGAGGAAGAAGAAGAUCCUUUGGUGGCCUAUCUAGUAGAAUCAGGGCUCAUAAAUCUGGAAAUGGGUGAAUUACUAAACGAAAAUUGUCGGCCUCAGUUGAAACUAGCACAAAAAACUUUACAAGAUCUUGAACUUGUGAGUGGUAAAUCUUCGAGAACGCAAAUGCACCAAUCUGUCAGUAUCUUAUUACCUCAGGUUCAUCAACUCCUUAUAGAUUGUGCAAGAGGGAAAAGUAUCGUGCUUCAUAAUGUGGAAGGAGAAAAGAGUUUUGGUUCUCGGUAUACCAAGUACUUGAAAUUCAUGUUCGACCUGCCCUGGUCUUCUACGAGACGCAAGCUAGCUCAGACUCCUGGAGAAGCACCCGCUCCAUCGCCAACAAGUUUGUCACCAAGUCCAGCACCUUCAGUUCCUCUACCUCCGACUAUUAUUCCAUCCAGUCCUCCUCCCGUCAUUCCAUUUUUCCAUCCGGAUGUAAACUCCAGUUCACCGCCAGCUUUGGAUGAACAAACUUCUCCAGGUGCUUCUAACCAACAGUCGAGCAAUGAUAAAUCCCACAACAGAACUGUUGUUAUUGCCGUCGUGGUAACAGCUUCAGUGACGCUUGUCAUUGUUGUGGUGCUCUUUAUCUUCUGUCGCAGAUGCUGCGGGAUUGGUCCUGGGCGGGGUAAAAAUGACGAGAGGCCUCUUCUCAGCUUAAGCAUAAGCGACUACUCUAUUUCCUCUCCACAGAUGUCAUUCGGUCUAGGAAGUUCCGUGGAUGAACAAAAGCUCGGUAAUCAGUCAUUCAAUACUAAAGUAAACAAUAACAGAGUUGGUGGAAACUACUAUGGAGAAUCACAUACUCUAAGCAAUUCGAAAUACGAGAUCCCAUUGGAAGUCAGGAAUGGGGCUGCUACCAACUUAGCUGGAAACUCUUUGAUGUAUGAACCUGAUUUACUUCCAUUGAGGCCACCCCCCGGAAGGCGAGAUUCUAAACGACAUCCGGCCAAUAGUGCUGCUACUCCUGCUCCUCCUCCACCCAAUGUCCCACCAAUGAAAUCCACUGCUGGUGCACCUCCUCCACCACCUGGACCGCCUCCUCCACCUCCCAUACCUCAUGGUGCAAACGCUGGCCCUCGUCCGCCACCUCCACCUCCUAUUCUGUCCGGUGCCAAGGCUGGUCCACCGCCACCACCACCUCCAGGUCCUGGUGGCCCUCCACCUCGGCCACCACCUAUUGGCUUCAAACCCCCUCGACCUGAGCCUCCCGGACCAAAUCCUCCAUCAGUUUCAACUCAAGAAACCGAGGCUGGUAGUAGUAAAACUAAACUGAAGCCAUUCUUCUGGGACAAAGUGCUGGCUAACCCUGAUCAUUCGAUGGUUUGGCAUCAGAUAAAAUCCGGUUCCUUCCAGUUCAGUGAAGAGAUGAUAGAAAAUCUAUUUGGCUAUGCUCCUGCAAAUAACAAGACUGGAGCAAAGAAAGAGUCCUCGUCCCAAGAUGCCGCACCACAAUAUAUUCAAUUAAUUGACCCCAAGAAGGCACAGAAUCUGGCGAUUCUACUUAAAGCGUUGAAUGUUACUACAGAAGAAGUUUGUGAUGCACUAGAAGAAGGUCACGAGCUUCCUUCGGAACUAGUUCAAAAUCUACUAAGAAUGACACCUACAUCCGACGAAGAACUGAAACUGAGGCUCUAUGCCGGCGAGCUUUCUAUGCUGGGUCCCGCAGAGCGGUUUCUGAAAGUGUUGGUUGAUAUUCCAUUUGCAUUUAAGAGGCUAGAAUGCUUGCUUUUCAUGAGCACUCUUCAAGAAGAGAUGACGACGCUAAAAGAAUCUUUCGCGGUUUUGGAGGCUGCUAGUUCCGAGCUGCGACAAAACAGAUUGUUUUUCAAGCUUCUGGAGGCCGUUCUCAAAACCGGGAAUCGUAUGAAUGACGGGACUUUCCGUGGCGGUGCGCAAGCGUUCAAGCUCGACACGCUUCUCAAGUUAGCAGACGUGAAAGGAACAGACGGAAAAACUACACUUUUACACUUUGUCGUCCAGGAAAUAAUCCGUUCCGAAGGCGCAAGAGCUGCACGAGCAGCGAAAGAGACGAGGAGCAUGUCCAGCGUCAACUCUGAUGACUCGGCCGAGGAUCCCUCUAGCGAAUCCUCGGACGAGCAUUUGAGGAGCCUCGGCCUCCAGGUGGUCUCCGGCCUGAGCAGCGAGCUCGAGAACGUCAGGAGGGCCGCGCUACUCGACUCCGACAGCUUAACAGGAACGGUUUCCAAGCUCAACCACGCGCUGGAUAAAGCUCGUAACAUCCUGAAAUCAGAACUGAAGAACAUACCUCCAGAAAACGGCUUCCAUCAGACGCUGAGGAGCUUCGUGCAGAACGCUGAGGUCGACGUGACUUGGUCGCGCGAGGAAGAGAAGCGGAUAAUGGCGUUAGUGAAGAGCACCGCGGACUACUUCCAUGGGAACUCCGGGAAGGACGAGGGGCUGAGGCUAUUCGUCAUUGUUCGCGAUUUCCUCAUAAUUUUGGAUAAAGUAUGCAGAGAAGUGAAAGCUGCGCCACUCAAGCCGAGCAGAGCGCCAAGGAGUGGAGAUGCAACGGCAGCUGCUCCUCCUGAUCCGCGACAGGCUGCUGCAGCGGAUCCUCGACAGCGACUUUUCCCGGCCAUCGCUGAUAGGCGAGUAGAUACGUCGAGUUCAGACGACGAAGCGUAGAAAUGUAGGUACGAGCUCCGAGCAUUGGCACUCUACCAUGUUUUUGGGCAAGGUUGGAGUUGGAAAUAUAUGAUCCUACACCUCUUUUUAACUACUCAUUAUUCUUUGUUACUUUCUCUGUUUUGUUUAUAGUUCUUCCUUUUGAUUUGUUAUUGACUUUGAUUAUUCUGAAGUAGCCAGUAAAUUAUUCUACAAACUUGCUGAUUUUUA